AUGUAUGCUACUCUGAGUGGCGCUUUGCGUUCAGAUAGUUUCGGCGUGUCGCGCUAUGUGCGCCGUCUGUCGACGAUGGGUGUCAAUCCGUUCGAAUCGCUUCGCAAGCGUCUAGGCGUGACGCCGAAGCAGUACUUCGCGUUGCGCGAGCUGAACGACCCGCGGUUGCUGGAGCUGCCGUAUUCCAUCCGCAUCUUGCUCGAAUCUGCCGUCCGCAACUGCGAUGAGUACUCGACGACCAAGGCUCACGUGGAGAGCAUCCUCGGGUGGAGCGAGACCUCCACCAAGCAGACGGAGAUCCCGUUCGUGCCAGCGCGCGUGCUGCUUCAGGACUUCACUGGCGUGCCUACGAUCGUUGACCUUGCGGCGAUGCGUGAGUUCGUGGCGAGCACUGGUAAGGACCCCAAAUCCAUCAACCCUUUGGUGCCAGUCGAUCUGGUCAUUGACCACUCCGUCCAGGUGGACUUCAGCCGCGACUCCGCUGCGCUCAAGCUGAACCAGGAGACCGAGAUGAACAGGAACUCUGAGCGUUUCCGCUUUUUGAAGUGGGGCGCGCAGACCUUCGAGAACACGCUCAUCAUCCCCCCCGGCUCCGGUAUCGUCCACCAGGUGAACUUGGAAUUUUUGGCUCGUUCGAUUUUCGACCGGGAUGGGCUGCUUUACCCCGAUUCCGUGGUGGGCACCGACUCCCACACCACCAUGAUAAACGGUUUGGGCGUUCUCGGUUGGGGAGUUGGCGGCAUCGAGGCCGAGGCCACCAUGCUUGGCCAGCCCAUCUCCAUGGUGCUGCCCCAGGUAGUCGGUUUCGAGCUUGUGGGCAAGCCCGCGCCGGAUGUGUUCUCCACCGACAUUGUUUUGGCGAUAACGUCUGUGCUGCGUUCCGGCGCUGGCGUGGUCGGGAAGUUCGUGGAGUUCGUCGGCGAGGGUGUGCAGCACCUGUCGCUGGCCGACCGUGCCACGAUUGCCAACAUGGCUCCCGAGUACGGUGCGACCAUGGGUUUCUUCCCCAUCGACGGGCUCACGCUCGAGUACCUGACCCAAACGGGUCGCCCGGCCGAGAAGGUCGAGCUGUUGGACAUGUACGCCAGGGAGAACAUGCUGCAUGCCGGCGUUGGCGACAGCUCGCGCAUCAAGUACUCCUCCGUGGUGCGUCUCGACUUGAGCACCUUGCGCCCAUCGAUUGCCGGGCCUAAACGCCCGCAGGACAACAUCCUGGUCGCCAGCGUGAAGGAGAAGUUCGGCGACCUGUUGACCGCUAAGGACGGGAAGGGCUACGGUGUGGAGGGUGGUUCGCGUGCGAGCGAGUUCAGCUUCAAGGGCCGUAACUACACGCUCGACCACGGCUCUGUUGUCAUUGCGAGCAUCACGUCGUGCACCAACACCAGCAACCCUAGUGUGAUGUUGGCUGCCGGCAUGUUGGCGAAGAACGCCGUGGAGCACGGUUUGGAGGUUGCCCCCUACAUCAAGACCUCCCUGUCGCCGGGUUCGAAGACGGUUACCCGCUACCUUGAGCUGAGCGGUUUGAUCGAGUCGUUCGAGAAGCUGGGUUUCUACAACGCCGGCUACGGGUGCAUGACGUGCAUCGGGAACAGUGGCGAGCUGGACCCCGAGGUCGCCGAGUGCAUCAGCGAGAACGGGUUGGUGGUGUGCUCCGUGCUCUCCGGUAACCGCAACUUCGAGGGCCGCGUGCACCCCCACACGCGUGCCAACUUCCUGGCGUCGCCUCCGUUGGUGAUCGCGUACGCCCUGGCCGGCCGCAUGAACAUCGACCUCGUGAACGAGCCCCUGGGAGUGAGCUGCAAGACCGGCCAGCCCGUUUUCUUCCGCGACCUGCUUCCUUCUAAAUCUGAGAUCGCGAGCUUCGAGCAGCGCUUCCUGAAGCCGGAGCUGUUCAAGGAGGUGUACGCGAACAUCACCCACGGCAGCGACGCGUGGCGCGCACUGGAGGCCCCUCGUGCCGAGCUGUACCCAUGGGACCCGUCGUCCACUUACAUCCACCACCCUCCGUAUUUCCAGAACAUGGACGCGCCUCGCGAGAGCAGCAUCACCGACGCACGCGUUCUGCUGCUGCUGGGCGACUCCAUCACCACCGACCACAUUUCCCCCGCCGGGAACAUCGCGAGAACGUCCGCUGCUGCGCAGUUCUUGCUUUCGCGCGGCGUGGAGGCCAAGGACUUCAACUCUUACGGCUCCCGUCGUGGUAACGACGAGGUGAUGGUGCGCGGGACGUUCGCGAACAUCCGCCUGUCGAACCUGCUGUGCCCCAACCAGGGCCCGAAGACCGUGCACCACCCGAGUGGCGAGGUGAUGAGCGUGUUCGACGCGUCUGAGCGUUACCGCGCUGAGGGUACGAGUUUGGUGGUGGUUGCUGGCAAGGAGUACGGCACCGGCAGCUCGCGCGACUGGGCUGCCAAGGGCCCCGCGCUUCUGGGCGUGCGCGCCAUCAUCGCCGAGUCGUUCGAGCGCAUCCACCGCACCAACCUGGUCGGGUGCGGCAUUCUGCCGCUGCAGUUCCUUCCAGGCGAGAGCGCCUCAUCGCUGGGCAUCACAGGCCGCGAGAAGUUCACCAUCGCCGACAUCGACCGCGUGACCCCCGGUUGCCUCGUACGCGUGUCGUGCGACAGCGGCCUCGCCUUCGACGUGCGGUGCCGCAUCGACACUGCCCUGGAGCAGCAGUACUUCGCGCACGGCGGCAUUCUACAAUACGUGCUUCGCCGCAUCUGCGGUAACUGA